UUUUGAAGGAAGCCUAUCUCAAGAAGUGUCUAAGAAAGAUGUCUUAUGGAUCCAUUGAUGGAGGUGGGUUUGGAAGCAGGAAUACCUUUGGAGGACCAUCAAGACAAGGAUAUCAACCUUUAGCCACCCAGAUCGACCCCAAUGAACUUCAGGAACUUUUUCAGAGUACCACUGCCAGCAUCUUCCGAAUUAAUGCCAAUGUGACAUCCCUGGAAAGAAACCUUAAGUCCCUUAGGACAGAAAAUGACACACUGGAACUGCGCGAUGGCCUUCACACAACUCAACAGGAGACCAACAAAACCAUCACUACAUGCACAAGCGCUAUCCGACAGAUGUCUGAGGGCAUCAGAAGCUCUUCCAGGCAAGAACGACUUCAGCUAGACCGGCUGAAGAACCAACUUUCCGAUGCCAUUCAACGAUAUGGGACAAUACAAAAGAAAAUUGCAGAGAAGUCCAAAGCUCUGUUUCCAGUGGGGCAGAGAACUAGGAAGCAGCAAAGCCCCAGGACUCCGUUCUCUGACCUGGCUGAUGAUGAGAAGAUCUUCAAUGGUGGAGACAGCACAUGGCUGGAACAGAACCAGGAACAUGCCUUGCUCUCAGAAAUCACAGAGGAGGAUGUAGAGGCCAUCCAUCAACGAGAAAAAGCCAUGCAGCAGAUUGAGAGUGAUAUGCUAGAUGUCAACGAAAUCAUUAAGGACCUGGCAACUAUGGUGUAUGAGCAGGGAGACAAGAUAGAUAGCAUUGAAGAGAACAUCGAGACAGCCUCUUCUAACAUCGAGUCUGCCAAUGAGCAUUUGGCGAAGGCCAGUCAGCAUCAACAGCGAGCUAGGAGAGUGAAAUGUUGUGUCAUCUCCGCUGGCCUGGUCGUUCUUCUGAUCUUCAUCAUAAUCAUCUCAGUUUCCAUCAAGAAAUAAACCCACCAGAUUUCCACAGAAAAAAGUCAAUGCUAGGAAGAUCAUUGGGGCAGUUGCUGCAAGACGCUAACAGAGAACGUUAUAGAAGCAUCUCCUUCCAAGAUUCCUGGCUCCUCUGAAUCCUGAACUGUAUGGCCACUGUUACUCUCUGCUAGUUAUCUCCUGGUGGUAGUUUUUGCUUGUUGCUACUGAUAGCCAACAUAGGGUCAGUGCCCUAUAGCUUUACCCAUGACCCAUUCUGGAAUUGGCCUCUUCCAUCCAUGCCAAAGAACACAAAAUUGAAAUUGAACCAAUUGUCUAUAAAUCCAAGAUGACACAGGACUCCCAUGGUAUUUUCCCUUCCCUAGAAAUGAUUUGCCUGAAAGAUGGCUGAGCCAGCUGUUAUUCUUAGUUUGUAAAGCAGAAAAUGCACCAUUGAUCCUUCAGCUCAGUGAGCAAGGAAGAGCCAGCUGUACCUUGUGU